AAAGAACUUUACAGUCAUACACUAAUUGCAUCCUUAAAGCCUUCAAAUCAGUUCCCAUUACCCAUGAAAUUCACACAAAGCCACUUCUAGUCCGUUUCCCGUUCUGGGUUUUUGAUUCUGUAUCUGGUUUUGCUUUUUGUAGCCAUAGCUCAACUGGGUCCUUCACAUGGAAAGAUUCCUACCAGUUUUUGCGGUUGUUUCAGUAAAUAUUCACUUGCUCUGAAUUUUCAGCGAAGGUUUUGAUGGAUUUUAGAGACGGGAUGAAUAAGGUGUACUCUUUGAUUGCUCAAAUUGGCAAUCUAGGGCUCCAUGUAUUGUGGUAUUUUCUGCAUUUUGUUAUCAGCUUAUGGUACGUUGCACUGGGAAUAGUCUGUGCGUUAGAAAGCUAUCUUAUAUCCGUUGGAAUACUGAAAAAAUACAAAGCCCUUGAUAUAAACAAGCUUCGGUACCUGGCCUUAGUGGUAGAAAGUGAAGAAGCUUAUCAGAUUCCGAAAAUUAUUGAGCUUUUGCAAUGGCUGGUGGCUCUUGGUGUCAAACAAGUGUGCCUUUAUGAUACCGAAGGAAUACUGAAGAAAUCAAAGGAUUCCAUUUUGGUGAAAUUGAAUAAUUCAACAGUAUUUGAGGAAGCUGAUCAAAGCAAUCCACUUCUUGAACCUAAACAUAUAAGUGUGGAAUUCGCUUCAUUCUCCGACGGAAAGGAAGCAGUGGCCAAAGCAGCUAAUUUACUGUUUAGGAAGUAUUUGAAAUUGGGUGAUUCAGACAAAAUUCAGGAAGAGAAAAUUUUCACUGAAGCUGGCAUGACUGAGGCACUAAAAGCUGUCGGUUGUGGAGGACCAGAACCUGAUCUCUUAUUGGUUUAUGGACCUGCAAGAUGCCAUCUAGGUUUUCCUGCUUGGAGAAUUCGAUAUACAGAGAUCAUACACAUGGGAUCCUUGAACUCCAUGAACCAUGGUUCUCUUAUAAAGGCUAUAUACAGAUUUACAAUGGUCCGGCAAAAUUAUGGUAAAUGAACUGCUGCACUCUGCAGGAUCCAAUGAUUCCAAUAACUGGUGCUGAGACAUUGGUCAUCAAUUGCAUUUUCUAUCAAACUCUACCACCUUAUUUUCUAAGUCUGUAAUUAAGUAUGUUAAUUAUGGAUCAUAACUAAGAUUAGAUAAUAAAAGUUUCAAUCUCAGUCGUGAAUCACACUAUAUAUGUUAUGUAGCCAUUGAGUUGUUUUGUCAAGAAUCUCCCACAAGACAAUCUGUGUGUUUAGUUUUUAUCUGCAAUGUAUAGAGUUGUAAAGACAAAUUUUUAGUUUCUUCCAGCUCAAAAGUACUUGAAUUUAUCAUUUAA